UACUGAUGCUGUUUUGAAGUUUUCUAUUAAAGCUAUUCAUAAAAAUUAAUUUGGGUUUUUACAGAUAGUACAUAAAAGUAAACCUAGGACUGCUUGUUUUUCUUAAAUUCGAGUUUAAUUUAAUCCAAUAACCAUGGCAGAUAAACUAACUUUAGAUAGACAGGCAAUGAAAGACCGGUCUACAUCUCAUCUACGAAUAUACGUUGGCGGCAUCCCAGACAACACUACAGUUGAACAAAUCUUUGACCAUUUUACGACAUAUGGUAAAAUUAAUGGUAUUGUCACAAACAGAAAUUUUGGAUUUGUUCAAUUUGAAGAGGAGUCAAGUGUUCAAGAUGCUAUAGCUAAGGGCAAUGGUACCACAUUUCAGGGGAAAACAUUGACUGUUAGAACUGCGCAGCAGAAUUCUGAGAAAAGGACAGAAGUGGUGGUUGUGCAUCCUGAAGUUCCGCCAGCAGUAGCUCUCACUGAUUCACAUGUUCCUAGUAAUGACGAGCCCAGUGAAGACCCGUAUGAUAGCUAUGGCAACUUUGUUGGAGAUCAAGCAGGUUACAGAGAUGAAGAAUAUGAUGAAAGUUACAAUCAGACUUGGAAUGAUGGACGCGGUGGAAGGGGUCGAGUCCUUCCCCGAGGUCGCGGUCGCGGAGUCCGAGGUCGCCCACCUAGCUUUCAAGAACGAUCUCCUGUACCUGGCAGAGGUAGCGAAUGGGCAGACCGAGGUGGUUAUGAAAGGUACCCACCAUCGCGCCCAGAUUACUCCAGAACGCUAACUGUAUCUGAGAAAAACGACUGCGAAAUUAUUGUGGUUUCCAAAACCCUCACAGAGUAUGCUGAAUACAUUGAAGGUCGAUUAAAACGGCUCGGUAUUGUUGUGGAUCUCCUAUUUCCCAUGGAAGAUGUACCAAUCGGAAAAGUUUUGGGCAACAUAGCGUCCAGAGGUUGUUUAUAUGCAAUACUAGUCAUGCCGCAAAACCAGGAGAACAGAUCUUUAACAUUAACUAUCUUACAUGGAUUACCACAAGAACACCGCAACAUGCCAUUAGAGGACGCUCUGCAGCUAAUAUCUAGAAACUUCCAAGAAGUGCAACGAGGCGGGCCGUCGGGAAGGGAAGCAGUGUACGCGCUACUGGGACAAUUAGCCGAUGGUCGCACACUCACUGUUUUACAAUACGACAAGGUUAUAGAAUAUUUGCAGGAACGUAAGCACCAACAAGUGAAAAUAGAGUUGGGCGAGCCUCUUACAACAGCACCUGCCACAUCAAAAACUCAAGUGGAUCUUCAGGAAAGAAUAUUAAGUAUUUUGAAUGACAAGAAAAUGGUACCACAGAAGGAUACUCAAGUGACACCCGCGCCACCACAGCCGCAGCCAAAGCCAUCUCUCCCACAAACAAGCCAAAACACGCUUCUUAAAGAUCCUACAGUCAGAAAAGCUUUGGACACUAUACUUAAAAAGUUUGCUUAGAUUUAUUGUUGUAAUACUAUGGAUUUAUGUAUGUAAGAUUAAAAUCGGAUUUUAUUCCUAUUUUUUAUAAUGCUCGAAAUAAUACAUUACUGUCAUUUAUUUAAAUGUAUGAAAUAUAAAUUAGUGCUGUAAAAGUACCGCCAGAUUGAGUAUAUACUACAACUACUAAUAUGUAACAACAGUAUUGUUAUUAGUACCUUUGAUCAGGACCUAUUUGAUUUAGUAUCACAUUGCAAUUGAAAUGACGCACAUUUAUCUGGUUUCCUAUAUCUUUGUAUUAUGAUUUAUUUUUUUAGGGCGUAACUAUCUCAUGUCUUUCUGGUAAUUCUUGCAGUAACUAAGUACAUACCAGUUAUUAAAUACAUAGUCCUUAUUCUAACCUUUAGACAAAGGAUCUUCAGUUCCACUGCAGGUGUUUAGUACAUACUUAGUAAAAAUAAUAGUACACAAGUCAUGCAUUUCAAUGAUAAUGCUUAAGUUAUAUUGCUCUUGAAUACUGUCCAUAUUGAUCUGUAUAGAUAGCAUAGUACUAAAGUUUUGAUAUUGUAAGACAUAAUGUACAUUCAAAAAGGCUCUUAUGUAUAUGACUAUAAUCAAGUAAGAAGUACUAUGAUAUGAAAUAUAAUUAAUAUGUUAAAAAUUUAAUAAUUGACAUAUUCUCAUUUCAGGUAUCCAAAAAUAAAAAUAAAAUAAAAGAAAG